CCCAGUUCUUACGCCGGAUUGCUAGUGCAACGUUAUUCUUACGUCCGAUGAAACGAGGAAUAUUUUGAGACUUUUCAUCUAGACUACGAAUCAGACCCAUUGUCUUUGCUGGACGAGGUCAUAGCAACGCGAGAGUGACCCAAGUUUUGAUCGCGGUGAGGAGCAUCUGACUGCCACUUCGCAGCCAGUUCAUCUCAGUUGUCAACAGCUGGCCGUUCCGAUGAGAGCGUUCCUCGGGUCUCUGUGACGCCUCCCUCGUCUGGUGUUUGUGUCGCGCGCCUCGUCCGUUUCCUGCGGAAUGGCUUGAGUUUCAAACUGCAUUCUGUAUUAUCCUGAUUAAUAGCAUAGCUGCAUCCAAAGAGCCUUUUUUUACAUUUUCUGUAAAUAGACUUCUUCAAAAAAGUAUCCAUGAAUACUAAAAGUUGAAACACUGAAUUCCCUAACUAAAAGAUUUCGUUGAAUGAUGCCAUCGAAUGUGACUAUCGAUGACAAAUACGAGAGUGAGUGAUCAUGAAUUCGAAGCGCGUGGUUUGUUUGACAGCUGUUAAGGCCAAAAUGGACAAAAAGUACGACACGAUUCUCUUCGUGAUUCUUGUUACCCUCCUCAUCAGCACUGAAGGCGGCGGCGUUCAAGGUCUCCACAUCAGGUCGGUGAACGUCCCAGACGUCGUGAUAGCCGGAGAAGUAGCCUGGCUCGAGUGCGAGUGGAUAGACGAAGGGGAUUCCAUCUACGCCCUCAAGUGGUACCUGGGCCUCGACGAAUUCUACCGGUGGACGCCCGCGGAGAAUCCGCCCAUCAAGAUCUUCCCGGUGAAGGACAAUCCUCUGAAGGUGGACGAGAAGGCCUCCAGCAGGGGAAGGGUCAAGAUCUACCAGGUGACCCUCGACGCCACAGGGGUGUAUCGCUGCGAAGUGUCCGCCGAAGCGCCUUCCUUCCACACAGAGUCGGCUGUGGCUUCUAUGAAUAUUGUUGACCUACCAGACACUAAGCCACAGAUCAGAGGAGCAGACAGGAACUAUCAGCUUCACGACGAAGUCAGUCUGAACUGCACUUCGCCGAGAUCCCAGCCGCCAGCCACUCUCACCUUCUACGUCAACGAUGAACAGGCAGAACCAUCAUGGCUGGUGCCAUACCAGGUCAUCGAGGAGUACGGGACGGGGCUGGAGACGUCCGUCUUAGGCCUGAGAUUCCCACUGAGACCCAGAUUGCUCCGGCGGGGAGCGGUCAUCGUCAAAUGCACGGCAGCAAUCAGCAAUCUUUACUGGGAGAGCAACGAAGUCCUCAUACCGGGGGACCUCCCCUACCACGCAUCCAUCAUGGAGGGGAGAGCGUCGGCAGCAACAGGCUUCCCAUCAUUCAAAGGUCAUCUAGCGGUUCUCUUGGCCUCGAAAAUUUUGACCCGAGUGAUAUGACACUAGAGUGAAGGGAGAAAAAAAAUAAGAAGUAAGAAAAUCAAUAUUUCAAGUGUUGAAACUUAAUUCAAUGUAGUCGUUGUGUUUCGUGUAUUUUUAUAAACUUCGUCGUCGUGCGCUGGUGACUUUCGUUGCCAAACCGAAACAUUUUCUUUGUUAUAGAAAGUUUAGAAAGGUUUCGUUCGGGGCUAGUCUUUAUUAACUGUGAUGAACACGAGGCGCCCCCCCUCCCAAAAAAAAAUUUAGUAAAUACUUCGUAAUUAUUGGAAAUAUUCCUUGCCAGUGUGAGUGGAAUCUUUGCCCCAAAAAAGUGCAUUUUUGAAAACAAUAUGAAGUGCAUCAGACGCUAGAAAGCGAUCCAGUCACUUGGCUCGUGAAAGAAAUAAGAAAUAUUCAUAAUACGAAUAAGUUUUUUCCCUCAGAAAUACAUGAACUGCAUUCUGGCCCGAGUCCUGAGUAGGCCUAUGGACACCAUAUCAUAAUUCCAGUUCCACGUCUAUAUUUGAAUAAGUAUUUCAAACAAUUCCUUUUAUUUUCUUCGCCCUGAGUAUUUUCUUAAUAGAGAAUGGAGCCGUAGAGGUUGUGAAGUUUAUGUGAUGAAGAAAAAUCGCUCAUACAAAAAUGUAGUUUAAAAAUAGUCCAUUUGAGUAGUUACCCGAAUGAUAAUACACUUCUUCAGAAUCGUCGCAAUGUUUAUUUUGUUAUGAUUUCCGUCUACGUGAACGUUUUAGGAACUGCUGGAAAAAUGAAAUGACGUUGAAGUGAUUUUUGUUGCUGUUGUUUAAAAAAUGAAUGAAAAAAAUAAGACAUGUAGCGAAAAAAAAGAAAAAAAAUCUUGCCGGUUCUUCAUACAUUUCAAAUAAUAUUCUCCUUA